AUGCAAGAUAUUAUGAGGAACCGUGAGCAUGCCAGAUAUUAUGGAGGAACCGUGAGCAUGCCAGAUAUUGUGGAGGAACCGCGCAGCUAUCUGGAGCAAACAUCAUCAUUUGGGAGUAAUCUAAAUUUGUCAUGUGAGAGUGACCUAUCAUUGGGUUUGACUUAUUUUAUCAAGGAGGGAGACUAUGAACCAAGAAUCCAAUCAGGAGAGGUACCCUGUGAUAUCUGCUCUGAGGUCCAAGCUGUGAAGUUCUGUCAGACCUGCAGUGUGUCCUACUGUGAGACCCACAUCAGACAACACUAUAAAAUACCUAAACUACAGAAACACACACUGGUGGAUGUGACUGGAGGCCUGGGGCAGAAACUCUGCCAACAUGACUACAGUCCUCUGGAAGUGUUCUGCAGGACAGACCAGAUGCUGAUCUGCAGUCAGUGUGCAGAGACAAACCACAAAGGACACGAUACAGUCUUUUAUGAUAGAGAACAAGCUGGAAGACAGUACUACUCCCUCCAGGAGAGAUCGAGUUCCUGUCGGUGACUUCAGACUCUGUGUCUCUGAGCUGGGGUUCUCCUGAGGGACUGAUGGGACCACAGAGGUUCAGGGUGACCUGGGGAUGUGAGGGGCAAACAACCUGCUCAUUAAGAGUGAAAGGUGGGUAUCACCUUGAAAUAAGUGGACUCAAACCUGGUGAAAAGUAUCAGUUCAACGUGGUCACAGAGGGAGACGAUGGAAGACAAAGCAGAUUGGUCUCAGCAUCUGUAA